GCGGGCGCUGGACGCCGCCACACCGCUGCCCAUCUACCGCGGCAGGGACAUGCCUGAUCUCAACGACUGCGUCUCCAUCAACCGGGCCGUGCCCCAGAUGCCCACUGGGAUGGAGAAGGAGGAGGAAUCGGAACAUCAUUUGCAGCGAGCUAUUUCAGCACAGCAAGUAUUUAGAGAAAAAAAGGAGAGCAUGGUCAUUCCAGUUCCUGAGGCAGAGAGCAAUGUCAACUACUACAACCGCUUGUACAAAGGAGAAUUUAAACAGCCCAAGCAGUUCAUUCAUAUUCAGCCCUUUAAUCUAGACAACGAGCAACCAGAUUAUGAUAUGGAUUCAGAAGAUGAAACAUUAUGAAAUAGACUUAACAGAAAGAUGGAAAUUAAGCCUUUGCAACUUGAAAUUAUGAUUGACAGACUUGAAAAAGCAAGUUCCAAUCAGCUUGUAACACUUCAAGAAGCAAAACUACUGCUAAAUGAAGACGAUUACCUUAUUAAAGCUGUUUAUGACUAUUGGGUAAGAAAACGUAAAAACUGCAGGGGGCCAUCCCUCAUUCCUCAAAUUAAACAAGAGAAAAGAGAUGGCUCUACAAACAACGACCCUUACGUUGCCUUUCGGAGAAGAACAGAGAAAAUGCAGACCCGAAAGAAUCGUAAGAAUGAUGAAGCCUCUUAUGAAAAAAUGUUGAAACUAAGACGAGAAUUUAGUAGAGCCAUAACAAUUUUGGAAAUGAUUAAGAGACGAGAAAAAAUGAAACGAGAAUUAUUGCACUUAACCUUAGAAGUUGUGGAAAAAAGAUAUCAUUUGGGAGACUAUGGAGGUGAAAUCCUUAAUGAAGUGAAAGUCAGUCGAUCAGAAAAAGAACUAUAUGCCACUCCAGCAGCUCUUCAUAACGGAAGUCAUCACAAAGGUCAAGAAUGCAAGACUAAGCACCCUCAUCAUUUGUCUUUGAAAGAAGAGGCUUCUGAUGUGGUCCCUCAAAAGAAGAAGUACCCAAAGAAGCCUAAAGCAGAGCCUUUAGUAACACCUCAGCAGCCCACUCCGGAGACAUUGCCUGUGGUCAAUAAGAGUGACAUUAAGCAAUAUGACUUUCACAGCUCAGAUGAAGAUGAAUUUCCACAGGUCCCAUCCCCAGUAUCAGAGGCUGAAGAAGAAAAUGAUCCUGAUGGCCCCUGUGCUUUUCGAAGGCAGGCAGGAUGCCAGUAUUAUGCUCCUCGUUUGGACCAAGCUAACCAUGUUUGUGAAAAUUCAGAAUUGGCAGAUUUAGAUAAAUUGAGGUAUAGGCAGUGCCUUACAACACCUACAGUCCCAAGAAGGUGUAUAGGAUUUGCAAGGCGGUGGAUUGGCAGAGGUGGAAGGUUCAUCAUGGACCGAAUACCCACAGAACAUGACCCAAUCUUCAAACAGAUAGACCCUGAAAUGCUGAAUAGUUUUUCAAGCUCUUCCCAAACUAUAGACUUUUCUUCUAAUUUUUCUCGGACCAAUGCUUCCAGUAAACCUUGUGAAAAUAGACUGUCCCUUUCUGAAAUAUUAAGCAAUAUCAGAUCAUGUCGACUACAGUGUUUUCAGCCAAGGCUACUAAAUGUACAGAACAUUGAUAAUGAAGAAUGUACCUCAAGAAAACCAGGGCAGACUGGGAACAAUAAAAGAGUUUCUGCAGCAUCUGUAGCUUUAUUGAACACCAGCAAGAAUGGCAUAUCAGUAACAGGGGGCAUCACAGAAGAGCAGUUCCAGACACAUCAACAGCAGUUAGUUCAAAUGCAAAGGCAGCAGCUUGCUCAGCUUCAGCAGAAACAGCAAUCUCAGCAUUCCUUGCAACAGACACAUCCAAAAGCACAGGGCUCAAGCACCUCUGACUGUAUGUCUAAAACCCUCCACUCGGCCAGUGCCCACUUUGCUGCAUCUGCAGUGGUCAGUGCCCCUGUUCCAAGCCGCAGUGAGGGAGCCAAGGAACAGAACACCAGCCACAGCAACAUAAAUGGCGUUGUCCAGCCUUCAGGAACCUCGAAAACAUUGUACUCCACCAAUAUGGCUUUAUCAUCCAGCCCAGGGAUUUCAGCUGUGCAACUUGUAAGGACAGUUGGCCACACCACUACAAACCACAGCAGUCCUCAAACACUUCCCAUGAACAAUUCCUGCCUGACUAAUGCCGUGCACCUCAAUAAUGUCAGUGUUGUUUCUCCUGUCAAUGUGCAUAUCAAUACACGGACUUCAGCACCAUCGCCAACAGCCUUAAAACUUGCCACAGUUGCUGCCAGUAUGGACAGAGUGCCAAAGGUUACUCCCAGCAGUGCCAUUAGCAGCAUAGCCAGAGAGAAACAUGAACCAGAAAGAUUGGGUUUAAAUGGAAUAGCAGAGACAACAGUAGCUAUGGAAGUGACAUAACCCAAAACACGUGGCUUUGACCUGUGUGGAUGGUGUGCAGUCAUUCAUAUUCCAACUGAAUGCAAAGACGACACUCUGUGGAUCACAGAGCAUACCAAUGGACCUAAAUGGACUACAGUGUAUCAGAUGUUAAAUUGAUAUAUGAUGUAUAUUUUGUAAAAUUGGGAAAAUCACUACCUUGUAAAAUAGUUUAUUUGUAUCAUCAAUAUUAUUUCUGUUACUUGAAUAGUAGAUAUUCAUCAUCAUGCUUUUGCACUUGAAUUUGCAACUGAAUGGAUUUUAAAAAAUAAUUCUUUAAUGGGAUCAUGAGCAUGAAAUGGGAUCCUGCAUCACUUGUUUUAACUAUU